AUACAUCUUCUUCCCAUAAUAACGCAAAAUCACACAACACAUUCAUCACACAAAAACAAAAAGAAAUCAAAGAAAAAAAAAAAGAGAAACAAAAAUGGCUAGCGAUGGAAGUGAAGAAUUCAAGUUGGUGUCACCAACAAUAACACACGAAGCAAGACUACCUCGACACUACACCGACGAAGGACAAGGAGCAAAGAAAAACAUAUCCCCACCCUUAGAAUGGUACAACCUACCUAAGGGAACAAAAACUCUUGCCAUUGUGGUUGAAGAUAUCGAUGCACCCGACCCAAACGAGCCUCUCGUGCCCUGGACUCAUUGGGUCGUGGUGAAUAUCCCUCCGACAGUAAAGGGACUGCCGGAGGGAUUUUCUGGCAAAGAGGAGGAGAUGGGUGGAGAUUAUGCUAAGAUGAAAGAAGGGAACAAUGAUUGGAAACAACCUGGUUGGCGUGGUCCUAGGUUGCCAAAUCAUGGUCAUAGGUUGCAGUUUAAGCUCUAUGCUUUGGAUGAUGAGCUUCAUCUUGGUAACAAGGUGACUAAGGAGAAAACUUUGGAUGCCAUUCAGGGGCAUGUGCUAGGAGAAUCAACCUUGAUAGCUAUAUACUAGUUAGUGUGAUUGCACUAUAGUUUUGUGUAAUUGCAAAUUUGGAAGACAUUACUAAUAACUUGUAUUGUAUGAACGAUGUUAUCAUGUAUUUUAAUGUUAUUUAUGUUGUCCCAAAUAUCAAGAUUGAGUUAUAAUA